AUGGAGCUUUUCUCUUUCUUUCUUUCUCUUUUCUUUUUUUUUUCUUACUUUUCCGGUUUUUUUCCGUCUUUUUCUUUUCUCUUUUUCUUUUUAUUCGUUCGUCUUUUAUUUAAGUUUUUCUCUAAUUUUCUUUUUUCUUCCUUUUCUAAUUUCCAUUUUGCUUUCUUCUUUUUAUUCAUUCUUUUGAUCAUUUAUCUCGCUUUUAUUUCCUUUUUUUUUCAUUCAUGUAUUUACUCGUUAAUUUCUCAUUCAUUCUUUGAAUUCAUUCUGUUUCCCUUCUUCUUUCUUUUCUAUUCGCAUUUUCUUAUUCUUAAUUCUCUUUAUUAUUAUUUCUUUUUUCUUUUCUUUUUUCAGUUAUACUUCCUUUCUUUUUUUGUUUGUUUUCCCCCCUUCCUUUUCCCUCCCUCCCUUCCUUCCUUCCUUCCUUCCUUCCUUCCUUUCUCACUCCCUUCCUUCCUUCCUUCCUUCCUUCCUUCCUUCCUUCCUUCCUUCCUUCCUUCCUUCCUUCCUUCCCCUUCCUUUUUUUUUUUCCUUCCUUUUUUCUUUCAUUUUUCCUUCCUUUUCCUUUCUUUUUUCCUUUCUUUCUUCCUUUCUUUUCCUUCCUUCCUUUUCCUUCCUUCCUUCCUUUCUUUUCCUUUUUUUCUUGGGUUCUUCCUUCCUUCCUUCCUUUCUUUUUUCUUGGUUUCCUUCCUUCCUUCCUUCCUUUCUUCCUUCCUUUCCUUCCUUCCUUCCUUCCUUUCUUUUUUUCCUUCUUUUUCCUUCCUUCCUUUUUCUUUCUUUUUUCUUUCUUCCUUCCUUCCUUCCUUCCUUCCUUCCUUUUUUCUUCCUUCCUUUCUUCCUUCCUUUGUUAGUUUUCUUUCUUUCCUGCCUUUCUUUUUCUUAGCUUUCCUUCCUUUUUUCCUUCAUUCCUUCCUUUUUCCUUCCUUUCCUUUCUUGUUAGUUUUCCUUUUUCCUUUCUUCUUUUUUCUUAGCUUUCCUUCCUUCCUUUCUUCCUUCCUUUCUUACUUCCUUUCUUUCUUCCUUCCUUCCUUGUUAGUUUUCCUUCUUUCCUCAAUUCUUUUUCUUUUUCCUUUCUUUUUCCUUCCUUCCUUCCUUCCUUCCUUUUUAGUUUUUCUUUUUUCCCGCUUUUAUUUUUUCUUUUUCCUUCCUUCCUUCCUUCCUUCCUUCCUUCCUUCCUUCCUUCCUUCCUUCCUUGUUAGUUUUCCUUCUUUCCUGCCUUCUUUUUUCUUAACUUUCCUUCCUUCCUACCUUCCUUCCUCCCUUCCUUGUUUCCUUCCUUACUUCCUUACUUUCUUCUUUCGUUCUUUCUUUCUUCCUUUCUUUUUUCUUUCUUCCUUUUUUUUUCUUUCUUUCUUUCUUUCUUUCUUUCUACUAACUACUCGUUAUUUUAUACGGAUCAGUCCGCGAUCGGAUCGCCGCGUCCUGCCUACAGCAACAGACAAAAUGGCGGCUAAUAUUGUUGGACGAAUCUUUCACAACCGAACUGGAAGCUUGUAA